UUACAGCAGGUGCUCGGAGACACGAUGAACAUCUCGCAGCCCACAGUUUCGAGAAUCGUCAACCGAGUCAGCGAUUUGCUCGGGAGAUUAAUUUUCCAGUAUAUAAAGUUUCCGAACUGUGAUGACGCACGCCGGGAAAAUCGUCGUUUGUUCAGAGACCUAGGGCAAGGGAGUGGAGCUAUCGGUUUACCCGGAGUCGAUGGAGCUAUCGAUUGCACCCAUGUGAGAUUGACGUGUACGAGGCUGAACGACGUUAAUGAAAUUUUUAGAAACAGACNCUCAUUAAGGAUACAGGCGGUUGUUGGGCCUAGAAUGGAAUUCCUGGAUAUUGUACCGGAAUGGCCAGGCAGUGCGGAGGACAGCCACAUCUUUCAAAAUUCUCGGGUACAUAUGCGCUACGCGGAGAGGCAGUUAGAUGGAAUACUUGUAGGCGAUCGAGGAUAUCCCUGCUUGCCGUUCUUAAUGACUCCGCUCGCAAAUCCCAAGACAGAUGAAGAAAAAACGUAUAACAAUAUCCACACGAGGACGAGACAAAUCGUGGAACGGAC